GGCACGCGAAGCGCAUCGGAACAUACGCCAUGAAUCUGGCAGGGCAUGGGGGGGCAGGGGGAGGGGGGAGAAGGGGAGAGGAAAAGGAGUGGGAAGAAGGACCGGGCGUGCAAUUCCGACCCCGCCAAAGGACGGACAAAGGAUCCGAAGCAAAACCUUAGACCCGCCUGCAAAAAAAGGCGAGGAGGAGGAGGAGGGCGGAAGGAGGGGGGGGGAGAGGAGGGGGAGACCGCGGCGACAACUGCGAGCGACGCCGUGGCGAGACGCCCCGGGGCCGCCCAGGCGGGCUCGGAGGCGCCCGCGGCGGCGAGAGACCCGCCAAGCAUGGGCGAGGAUACCAUCUACUGACAAAUCCCAGGGAGGAGGAGGAGGAGGAGGAGGAGCAGCAGCAGGAGGCGGAGGAGCCAUGACCAGACAUGGGAAAAAGAAGAGGGCAUGCGCACAAGAGCUAGAGGUGAGAAGAGGGCAACAAUGUCCUUCCGUCCUCGACCUGAUCGCGAUUAAUUCGCGGGCGGCGGCAGAGCGGAUGGCCUGCGCUCGAAGUCGAGCGUGAAAGGCGAGACGGGCAGCUCCAGGCCUUGUCGACCCACAGGCACGCUGAGUGUUGAAUGCAGCGUGCAAACCAUCGAUAGCGAGGGCUAUCGACAACAAGGCGCGAGUGCCAUUCUCCAGGCACGCACGGGACAUAAUAAAUGCGUCGGAGGGGUCUCCCAGUCAGCGGGCAGGGAGGGCAAGGAAGCACGAACAAUAGUAGGAAGCAAGCACGGGCACAUCAUGUAAUGAGGAAUUGAAUCACCACCUACACAGAACGAAAUUGGGCAGCAUGGGCAUGACGCGAUAAGCCGCGCGCCGAGCAACUGAUGCCGAAGGAGCUUGCAUCCCACAGCAUCGCCCUGGUCAAAGAGUGGCGAGAGGCACAUGGAAGCUGUUGUAGUGCCUCUCUCCCUCACUCUCCACCGCAACACUCUCGGGUGGGGCAGAGAAGAACUGCGCGACGUGCUGCACCACGGGCUGGCAAUACAUGUUGUACAUUUUUGCUCCCCGGCAGUCCUGGCGGAAGAUGUUAUCCGCAGUAUAUGCAGCUAAUACAUACUGCCCUUUUUCUGGAGUGAUGAAAAAGUCCAGCAGCUCGUGCAAGCUGAAUAAAAUGUCCUGACCUAACAGCAUGCGCCUUGGCCAGGUUGAAAGCUGCUAAACCAACGUCGUCGGCAUCAGCACACGGGUGAGCGCGGACAGGUAGACGAUCGUGCUUAACCCAUCUGAACCAAGGGUCCAACGCGAGCCCGAAGAGGAGGCCAGAGAGGGG